CAAGGAAAGAAAUCGCUUCCAACUGGGCGGUGCUCUGAGCCGUGUCAAACUUCACUCUUCUUGGAAACAUUAACAGCAGUUAUUUUAAGUGACUUAUUCUCAUAAAUGGAACACAAAGGCGAAGAAACAAACCGAGCAGUCACUCUAAACGAAGUGUAAGACGUCUUCGUUGAUGCAAAAAGAUACUCGGAUGCUUCAAGAUGGACCAGAUACUCCCCAGUCAGAGCUCAACAUCAGACCUGCUGGAAUCAGACAGUGAGGAGCUCCAGCUCAAAGUUGACUCUUUCAGGAAACUGGGUUACUCUGCAUCAGAAGUGAAGGCUGCUUUUAGGAAGCUGGGUUUAAGCACAGACACCAACUCUGUGUUAGGGGAGCUGGUUAGAAGCAGAACCAGCACUGCACCCUGUGUUUCUGAAAGUGAUGAGAGGGCCGCAAACCCAAAAGAUGCCCUGUUGCCUCCCAGUUGGGUUCUCAAACCCUGCAGAAUCACACCACACAUGGGGGACCAAAGGACUGCAGACACAGAACUGAGGCCUAUCAUUAUUGACGGCAGCAAUGUUGCUAUGAGUCAUGGUAACAAGGAAGUGUUCUCAUGUCGGGGCAUACAGUUGGCAGUGGACUUCUUCCUGGACCGAGGUCAUAAUACCAUAACUGUGUUUGUUCCCUCUUGGCGCAAAGAACAGCCCAGAGCUGAUGCCCCCAUAACAGAUCAACACGUCUUAAAGGAGCUUGAAAAACAGAAAAUAAUUGUCUUCACCCCCUCACGCCGCGUUGGGGGCAAACGAGUGGUCUGUUAUGAUGACCGCUUUAUCGUUAAGUUGGCGUACGAGUCAGAUGGAGUGAUCGUGUCCAAUGACACCUACCGUGACCUCCAAGGAGAAAGACCUGAGUGGAAAAAUUGCAUAGAAGAGAGACUUCUAAUGUACUCAUUUGUGAAUGACAAGUUUAUGCCUCCAGAUGACCCCCUAGGUCGACAUGGCCCCACUCUUGACAACUUUCUUAGGAAAAAGCCUCUGCCUGUAGAGCAAAAGAGACAACUUUGUCCAUAUGACAAAAAGUGCACCUAUGGCAUCAAAUGUAAGUUCUUCCAUCCGGAGCGUGCAAACCAGUCCUAUCUCACCUUGGCUGAUGAACUGAGGGAGAAAGCCCAUAUUUCUACUGUAAAAGAAGAGAGAAAUGCAAAAUCAUCACCCAAAAAGUCUGAAUCUGAUCAUAGGCCUGCUCACAAUGCUUGUCCUCAUCCUCAAGACACUCAACCCCCUAAAAACCGAAAGAGUUCCUCACAUUUGGGUCAGGUUAGUGAAAAUAAUCCACUGUACUGGGAAGACCCCAGAAACAGCCCAGCCCACAUGCCAUCUUCUGUAACAAGAGGGCAUUGUCAGAAAGAGUGGCCUGGGAUGCACUUGAUGCCAAACCACUACUAUGCCAACAUGUCUCAUGAGUAUCUGGAUUCUGGCUUUAGUUCUUUUGAGAGCCACUACUCUGACAUUUCGCAUUCCCCCAGCAACUCCCACAUGCUCCUGCCCCAGCAUCAGAGUGCCCGCACUGGACCCCAGCAUGCCUCAGUACCUUUAGAGAAAAACAACCCUAGCUAUUCCUGCCAGUGCUGUUCGCAUGUUCACCAGCAGCAUCAUGGAAACAUUGAUUCCAAGGGUCAGCCCAUCUAUGAAACCUACAGUCCACAAAUGUACCCAGCCAGUGUGCCCCACCAACACAGCCUACCCAACUAUUUCCAUUAUAAUGGAGCCCCCCAUCUUCAGCAAAACUACUGGUCAGAUCCCUUUCAGGGGCUGCCCCAAGCCAAAGCAUCAAGGAACUUUCCCUCUUUGGGCCAUAGAUCACACUCCUACAACUCUUGUUGCUCCUAUCAGGAUCAUCAGUACCAAACUUGGGGCCAACAGCAACCUCAUCCUGUUGCAUUCGAGCCACAAAGAUCCGAACUUCGCAAGAAGCUGCAAGCCAUCUUCAACCCACUUCAGGUUGAUAUGGUUAUGAAGAUGUUUCCAGAUCUGAUGGAUGCUGAAAAACUGGCUGCAGAGAUACUCAACAUGAAAGCUCAGGGAGUGACAUUCUGAGUUUCCUUGUCCUCUUCGAUCAGAAAUAGCAAGAUGUUUCUGAAGACCUUAGUUAAGAGGCUUUGUGAUUGUUUUGUCACAGCAAACAGAGAAUCUCUUGAGAUUUCACAGCUUCAAUAAGUAAAUGUUUUUAAAUUAACUGGGGGAAAAAGCCAUUAUUAACAUUAAUAUUAAAGAGAGAUUUGAUGAUAUAUUUAUAAUAUUUAAGGUAAUCUGUUAUGAGUUAUUUGUAUGACAUUGUAGUCAGAUGUAAUCCUAUCAUCCAUUUAAUGGAUAAAAUGUGCCUCUAGACCAAAGGUGGUUAUAAUAGUGUUUCUAGAGUUUUGACUGUUGAUGCAUGUUGCAUUAAAUGUGAUUGUCACCAGUCAGCCAGAACAUUUUGACCAACUGUCUAAAACUGAGUAGCAUCUGACAAUCUCACCAAAAGAGUUGAACAGUCAUGCCAUGGACAUAAAAACAUCUGAGGAUGUCCUGGAGUGAGUGGCACCACUUGUCCUGUGGGUUGUAGUGUGGUGUCUUUGUGAAUUGGGCUUUCUUUCCACAGAUCAAAUCAGGACCCAUUAGAUUGGUAUCUAGUGAGUUUAAAGGCCUCUUUGUGUUUGUCUCUGACUGUUCUGCAAAAGUAUUUUGCUGGGUGGCAAGUGUCCACGUGAACCUGCCAGGGUGCAGGUUUUCCCAGUAAUGAGCAGUGUUACUUAUUCUACCUGACAGUGGUUUUAAUGUUGCUGCUGAUUGGUGUGUUCUCAUGCAAUAAGAAAUCCCUUCUUAAGUAUUUGUUGUGCUUUUGUACAGUAAAACAAUCUGUUGUUCAGUAUUGUCUGUUUGACAUAUAGCUGCAGUGUAAUUAAAUGUAUUGUGGCCACACAGUGUAUUUAGUAGGGGCAAAUAAAACUGAGGAUCCAGAAAUCUACAUAAUUUUUAGUCAAUUGUAAUGUCAUUAUGAAAGUGAAACAGAAAAAAAGCUAAUAUAUUUCUCUUUGGCCUAAAGGAAUUUAUGUAAUGUCAUCUUCCUUUUCCUGUAAGUGUAUAUAAGUAACUUCGCAAUUUAAAAUGACAAUAAAAUACGGA